AUGGGAGAAGUUAGUCAAAAAACUCUGCACAAAUAUGAACAAGAAAGUAAGAAAAUUGGCAAACAGAGCUUCAUGUAUGCAUGGGUGUUAGAUGAAACUGGAGAAGAAAGAGUAAGAGGCAUCACAAUGGAUGUUGGACGAGCUCAAUUUGAAACAAAAACAAAAAGAGUUAUAAUAUUAGAUGCACCAGGUCAUGCAGACUUCAUUCCCAAUAUGAUAACGGGUGCUGGCCAAGCAGAUGUUGCUUUAUUGGUGGUGGAUGCCACUCGGGGAGAAUUUGAGUCAGGCUUUGACUUGGGAGGUCAGACAAGGGAGCAUGCUCUACUAGUGCGGUCACUUGGAGUAAGUCAACUUGCUGUAGCUGUUAACAAAUUAGACACAUCCAAUUGGUCUCAAGAAAGAUUCAAUGAGAUCACAAAAAAACUAAAAGCAUUCUUGAAACAAGCUGGCUUCAAAGACUCUGAUGUCACAUAUGUGCCAUGUUCAGGAUUGACAGGGGAGAACUUAGUGAAGUCUCCGACAGAAGCUGAGUUACUGAAAUGGUACAAUGGACCUUGCCUUUUAGAUGUUAUUGAUAAAUUCAAUGUUCCUGAGAGACCUGUGUCAAAACCUUUGCGCUUAUCUAUAAAUGAUGUGUAUAAAGGCACUGGAUCUGGCUUCUGUGUUGCAGGCCGCAUAGAGAAUGGUGUAAUCAAUAAAGGAGACAAAGUUCUAGUGUGCCCCACUAAAGAAAUGGCUGAAGUUAGGAAUAUAAGCAUUAAUGAAAUGCCAAGCAAUGUUGCUUUUGCUGGCGACCAAGUCAGUGUGACACUGACUGGAGUAGACAUGCAGAAUGUUUCUGUGGGAUAUGUAUUAAGUGAUCCUAUCCAGCAAGUUCCUGUCACCACAAGGUUCGAAGCCAGAAUUGUAGUUUUUAAUGUCAAAGUACCUAUCACGAAAGGAUUCCGGUACUCAUUCAUCAUCAAUCACUGGUUGAGUCUGCAAACAUUGUGA